UCCGCUGAAUAACUCGAACCAUUCAAUUUUCUAAUGCACGAUUUCAUCGUAUGUCAUUGAUCGGAUUCUCCUUCAUAUCACUGGAAUAGAGUCGCCGUGAAAUGCAUCGCUUGGGCAUGUUUGUUUUGAUUCGGCUCGUUUCAAUGGAGCUCAGAACCCCCAGGUUGGUGGGCCCGUAUGCACCAUGUGUUGGAAAUUUGGAGGUUUAUCACCGAGGUCAGUGGAACUCCGUUUGUAGUAGUCGAUGGGAUUCAGCUGCUGGACAGGUUGUCUGCAAGCAAAUUGGCUGCGAUUCUUAUCACACAACAUCUGCAAAUUCCAUUCCACAAGAAACAGGACCUGUGUUACUGGAUAAGAUUCAGUGUAAAGGAACAGAAUCUUCAUUGUCCGAGUGUACACUCAGUCCUUCCGGCCAGCAGACGUGCGAAACUGGAAUGAGUGUAGUUAUCUUCUGCAAAGUGGAGCAAAAUGUGAUUCUGGAGGAUGGAGGUAGCCCAUGUGCUGGGAGAGUUCAAGCUCGCAAUUUUGGUACAUGGAUUAUCAUCUGUGGUCGAACGUGGGAUAUGAAUGAUGCUCGUGUUGUGUGUAAAUACCUGGGGUGUGGUGACGCUGUAUCAGCAUCAGGGAACUCUCAGUUUGGAAGUGGCAUUUGGCUUAUGCUUAACUAUGAAGUUGGCUGCAAUGGCAGUGAGGAAGAUCCCUGGAAGUGUGAAUUGAAACAGCUGGCUCACAGUAAUUGUUCCAGAGAAACGGAAGGAGCUGGUGUCAUUUGUUCAGACCACAAACAGCCAAGACUUGUUGGUGGAACAGAUAGAUGCUCUGGAAGGUUGGAAAUCCAGAAAGGAGAGACUUGGGGCACUGUGUGUGAUUCACACUGGGAUUCAUUGGAUGCCAGUGUUGUGUGUGCGUCACUGAAAUGUGGAGAAGUAAUAUCGGUAUUCAGUGGAGCUCAAUUUGGAGAGGGCAGUGGUCCCAUCUGGCAGGAUGUCUAUGAAUGCCAGGGAAAUGAGACGAUUCUCUGGUCCUGCCCAACUACACAAACAAAUCGAAAGAACUGCACGCAUAGACAUGACGUCAGUAUUAUUUGUUCUGGACAAAGGAGACCACGGUUAGUUGGUGGCAGUGAUACCUGCUCAGGAAGAGUGGAGAUAAUGUUUGAAGACACCUGGAACACAGUAUGUGAUACGUAUUGGGAUUUACAAGAUGCAGCUGUGGUCUGCAAUCAACUUGGUUGUGGGGCUGUGAUCUCAAGUCCAGGAGGUGCAUACUUUGGAGAGGGAAAUGGGCCUAUAUGGAAUUAUAUCCACGUUUGCAUUGGCAAUGAACUCCAUUUGACUGACUGCUCGAUUGCAUCCUGGGGAAACCAUCAGUGCACACAUAGAAAUGAUGCUAGUGUCAUCUGUUCAGAUGAAGAUUGGCAGUUACGACUGGCUAACGGAGAGAGUAUUUGCGAAGGCCGUGUGGAAGUUUAUUAUGACGGUGUUUGGAGGAGAGUGAUUGACACUGAGUGGAAUUUGAAUGAAGCAGAAGUGGUGUGCAGACAGCUGAAAUGUGGCUCUGCAAUAAACAUUUACAACCACUCGAAGUUUGGAAAAGGCACCGGACCAACCUGGAUCACUAAUGUCAGGUGCAAUGGAACUGAACCCUUCCUGCGGAAUUGCAGUUUUAGAAAAACGGAGCAGUCACCUUUUGUAGAUGACGUGGGCGUGGUUUGCUCUGAUCAUUUUCAGAUAAGAUUGGUGGAUGGUGGAAGUCGCUGUGCUGGAAGAGUGGAACUUUACUACAAUGGAAGCUGGGGAACUGUAUGUGAUGAUUCUUGGGAUUUAGCAGACGCCCAAGUUGUCUGUAACCAGCUGAAAUGUGGGCAGGCUUUAAAUGCAACGGUUUCCAGUUGGUUUGGUCCAGGAGUGGGGCCUAUUUGGUUAGACAAUGUGAACUGCAACAUGAAAGAUUCUGUCCUGUGGGAAUGCUUGGUAGGGCAGUGGAGCGAGAGCGACUGCAAUCAUAAAGAAGAUGCUGGAGUUAUUUGCUCAGACCACAGAGCUGUUAGGCUGCAGGAUGGAGCGAACCCCUGUCAGGGCAGAGUCGAAGUUUAUUAUAAUAGGACCUGGGGGACGGUUUGUGCUGAUUCCUUUGGAAAGGCAGCAGCAGACGUUGUUUGUCAACAGCUCAGCUGUGGAUCUGCCCAGUCUGUGGAAAGUGCUAAUACAUUUGGAAGCGGUUCUGGACAGAUCUGGCUCGAUGAUGUGAACUGUCGUUUGCAUGAUACACUCCUCUGGCAAUGUCCAUCUUCACCAUGGGGCCAACAUAACUGUGACCACAAGGAGGAUGUUGGAGUCAUCUGUUCAGAACUCGGUCCAAGGAAAACACGCAAUGAGGGAGACACGAAGAACAGGAAAACUGAACCAGUUUCAGAAAAUUUUGAAUUGCGGCUGGCUGCAGGAUUUAAUAAUUGCUCCGGAAGAGUUGAAAUACUCUUCAAUGGUACAUGGGGAACAAUUUGUGAUGAUUCCUGGGAUAAACAGGAUGCUGCUGUCGUCUGUAGGCAAUUAAAUUGUGGCCACCCAAUGUUAGCUCUGGAAGAGGUGCUAUUGGAAGGAGGAAAUGGCACAAUUUGGAUUGAUGAAGUUAAAUGUAAGGGGAGUGAAUUAUUCCUGUGGGACUGCCAAUUAUCAAUAAUGGGUGAUCGUGACUGUGAACAUAAAGAAGAUGUCAAAUUGAUAUGUUCCGGCCAUCAAAAAUCCACAGCAUCCUUCAACCAGCAGAGACCCCCUAUUUUCUUCAUCCCUUGUAUUUUUGUUAUCCUUUUGAUUGCUGUGUCACUUGCUUUGGCUGCAGAAUUACAAAGAAGCUACCAGAAAGACAACAGACGGACACAAUAUUCUCCCGGUAGCUUUUCUGGCCCUGUUUAUGAAGAGAUUGAGAUUCACAACGUUGGUGCAAGCCCAGAUUUGCACUCUAACAGCUCACUGAACAAGCUGGAAUAUUAUACAGACAGCGAGUUACAUCAAGAUGAUGAUAUACGUAUGCAAAAUUCAUUUACUUCAUUCGAUGCUGAAUUUGGAAGAGAAUAUGAGGACGUUCAAUAAUUUGAGAAGUAAUUGUGAUGACGUUCACCACUUGUGUUCCAGAGAGAAAAAAAACUUGUGACAAUAUAUCUCACAUUGUUUAAUUACGUUUCAUGAUUGAAAUAAAUAUGUAAUUGUUAUUGUAAUGACAUAUGCAGCCUGUUGUAAAAAGCUAAAUGAAUGAAGUAGUGAAUGAAAUGUGAUCGUUUAUACUGAGCAUAAUAAAUACAAUUCAGUUCUAGGCUGUAGAGUAGUCUUUCAAACUUUUCUUGCAAAGAUGUGAAUUGUCAGCUUUUAAAAUUGUCAACAAACUUGAACUCUAUUUGUUAAAGGAUGUAUUCUUAAUACUUAUUCAUUUCUGAAAGAAAUAUGCAUCUAAUACAUCUGAUAGUUUUAUUCAUUUUAUGACAUUUUCCAGCAAAGCAACCUUUAGUGAGUAAAAUAUCAGUCUCAAUAUUGACAACAACAUUUACAAUUGCAAAUUUUGAAGAUGAAAUAUAGUGAUUAUUAUGGAAUGACAUUGAAUGGAUGAUAAAUGUAAUUAAAAUGUUAGUUGUAGAAAUGCAGUUCCAUCAAACAAGCAUGAGAUCACAAAUUAAAUAUGUGGC